UGCUGGGCAUUGAAUGAUGGGCUGCGGUUCGUCCAUGAACACAGAGAGUGUGAACGAAGAACCUACAACGGCGACGGGCAUGUUUCUGCAAAUGCAACAAAAUGGUGGCACGAAAGCCCAAAACAUAGUGCAGCAAUACGUGCGCCUGGACGAACAAAUCAGCAAGUUGGAGGCCACCUGUCCGGGUCCACGAAUGGCCACCGCCGAGGCAUGGAUUGAUCAUUUGCAAACGAAACGUGAUGCAAUGCUGGGCCUCGAGGGCAUGGAUCGGGAGCAGCGGGAGCAACUACUUCAGCGAAAUCAACGCUUACUGCAGCAGAAGCCGCAGACGGAGGACGACGCUGAGCCCCUCACCCUUAAUGGUUAUCCGUUGCCAGCGCCCACCACACAGCGGCUCCCAGGAGGGGGCAGUGAAAUUGUUGCUAAUACGCCCACCAAGGACCUGGCUCAGUUGGCCCACAAUUUGGGUGUUAUUGGUGAUGAACGCAAGGCUUCCACGCACGAGGACUUCUUUGCUAAUCUCAGUGAAUCCGCGCUCUAUUUGCUAAGCAUUCGUUACUACAGUGAGGUGCUUGAACACACGAAAGUACGACUUAAGAAACUUAUUGAGAGAUACGCGGAACUCAACGAACUCUACGUAAAUCAGGACGGCAUUAUAGCGUUUAUUAGUGGCGGCACUUACAUGAGCCGCUUAGAGGAGAGUAUUGAUGCCCAACUAGAGACAGCGCGGGAUAUACGAGACAAGCUGGGCAGUACCCUCGAACAAUGGCGUAUUUGUGGCACGCUAUUAAGGGCAGCAGCCAAUUCGGCCACGCAGGCGCUUAAGCAAUGGCACCAACUGGGAAGGCUCGUUGAUCCGCAGUACAAGCUGCAGGCAGCUCUGGAAUGUCGCAGCCUGUUUCAUGCCUCCCUGAUAUCCCUUGAAUGUGCGCAGAUGGCGCUGCCUCAUGUGGAACUAAAAUACAUGAGCAAUCGACAAAUUCUAGCAGUGGCUCAUUGCAAUACCUAUUUGAUUACGGAUAUAGCUAAUUCAGCGCGCUAUGAGCACACCAGCAAGGUUUUCGCCAACUACGAGUCCAACAUAUCGAAAACUUCCACAUGGCUAUAUGACACGUUUAACAAGACGCUGCGCAAAGAUUUUGAAAAGGCCGAGGACACGGUGAAGCGUUUGGCCAAAACAUUGCGUGAACAUAGAGAUGAAAUAUUUAGCGCUGUGCGCAAAUGA